AUGGAGUUUUCAUUAGCUUUGGUAGGUCUCAUGAGCUUAGACUUGUCACAAGACUACCUCAAUGCCCACAACGCAGCUCGUGCCCAAGUGGGUGUUGGACCUAAGACUUGGGACAACAAUGUGUCUUUUUAUGCACAAAGUUAUGCUAAAUCGAGGAUGGGUGAUUGCAAUCCCAUCAAUUCAGGUGGGCCUUAUGAAGAGAAUCUUGCUAUGAGCAGCGGUUUAUUUACAGACACCGAUGCAGUAAAUCUGUAUGUUUUUAAAUCAGAAAAUAUGAAGAAGUUCUUUUACUAUAUACAACAUCCAAAUUUUGAUGUUGCUGCCGAUGCUACAGAAACCUUUAUGGUAGUGUUUUCUGCUAGUCAUUGCUCUCCAUCUGGGCUUUGUUGUUGCUUCUGA